UACCGGAAGGACGUCAUCGGGCUGCGACAUCAAACAGUGUGAAGUGCGCAGCUACUUAGCUUGUGCUAGCUGCUACUUAUUUCGACUUGUAGAGGGGUUUUUUGUUUUAACAUUUGAGUUGUUUCCUUCAAAAAGAUCCAGCCAUGGCGAUGCAAGCAGCUAAACGAGCAAAUAUUCGUUUACCUCCAGAGGUGAACAGGAUAUUGUACAUCCGUAACCUUCCAUACAAGAUCACCGCAGAGGAGAUGUAUGACAUCUUUGGAAAAUACGGGCCAAUUCGUCAAAUCAGAGUUGGGAACACACCAGAAACAAGAGGAACAGCCUACGUUGUAUAUGAAGACAUCUUUGAUGCCAAGAAUGCCUGUGAUCACCUUUCUGGGUUCAACGUCUGCAACAGAUACUUGGUUGUAUUGUACUAUAAUGCAAACAGGGCUUUCCAAAAAAUGGACACAAAGAAAAAGGAGGAGCAGCUGAAACUUCUCAAAGAGAAGUACGGGAUAAAUACAGACCCACCAAAAUAGUCACCUUUUUUAUGAUUAUUAUUUCCAUUGUUCUGAUAUUCUAUUAGUCUUGUGCCCAAAUCCUUCUCUUUUUUUUUUUACCCCAUUAAGUAAUAAUUUGUUUUACAAAAAACACCAGUUGAACAGUGUUCAUUACUUGGGUUAAAGUCUUGUUAUAUUUUGACCAGAUGUCAUUUUCAAUUAUUUUUCUGUUGUAAUAUUGAAUAAAAUGACAUUUGUUUUAUUAAAUAUGUGAUUUUCUUCUUA